CACACCAAAAGUCUGGCGAAAUAACAAAAAUAUAUUAAAAAUAUAUCCCACAUAUUUGCCGUAUAAAAAGAAUAUAUGCGACAUACAUUUUGAUUAUAUGAAAAAUAUAUAUUUUAUACACGAAAAACGGCCGAAAGUUAUGUAUUUGAAAUAUAUUUAUUUUAUAUGUAAAAUAAAUGUGAAAUAUAUGCGCGUAUAUUUCACAUGUAUUCUAAUUAUAUUUUAUUUAUAUGCCACAUAUAUUGUACAUGCAUCAUGAAAUAUAUUUUUUAUAUAUUUUAUUUCCAUGGGGGAUACCACAAAUCGAAAAAAAAUAAAAAUCGAUUUUUUGCGCAAAAAUCAAUUUUUUUUGUCAUGAUUAACUUCUAAAAUGAUAAAAUACAAAGCUUUUGUGAAUGUUGUACUAGUAAAAGCAACGAAAUAAAUUCAGAACGCUCAUAUAAUAGUAAUUGUUCUUUGUGCAAUAACGUCAAUAUUAAUAUCUAAUUAUAAACUAUAAAAAAUAUAUUUAUUAUAUUAAUCUGUUAACAAUAAAAAUCUUAUGAACUCAUGACUAUUUCUCUUCGCUAUCUUCAUCAAUCACAGUAGUGACAUUGUCUUUAUUGAAUAAAGUAUUGAGUAUUGCUGCUAGUCUUAUUUUAGUUGAUUCUGACGAUUUUAAAAAACUCCAAUUAGAAUAAACUCUUAAUAAAUUCAAAUCUUCAGUAUAGAAGCGCUUUUUUAUGAGAUGAUCGCUGCAACAUCGAUUUCCAUCCGGAAUAAAAAUUGUUGUUUUAAAUAAAGCAUUGCAUACGGGCAUCUUGAGGAACAACCACCAUAUUCCAAUUUGAAACAGAACAUACACAACAAUAUUUAUGAGUUGCAACUGUUCUUUUAAUUUGAACUUCAAUACAUUCUUCUGUAUCAUCGUCAAAUACGAACUCUAAAUUAAAUGAUGGAUCAUCAGUACUUGACUGACACAAAAUCAUCGUUGAUAGAUUUGUUCCAAUUCUUUCUAAUAAUUCACUCGAAUCUGAAGGUAAUUAAUCCUCCAAUGCUGUAUCCUGAUCCUCAUCACGUCUCGGAUUCUUGUAUUUUUUGGAACGAUAAUUCAAACAUAGAAUGUCACCAACUACAAUUGGAUGAUCAAAAAUCGUUGAAAAAUCUUUACCAUCUUCAUCAGAUUGUAUAUGUUUCGGAGUUCCUCUCGUUUUUUUUCCGAAUUUUGAACAAAUGCAACACUUUAAAUUAUUUGCUCUAGCCAGUAAACUCAUUGACGUAAAUUUGACGUCAGAGCGACGUUACGCUAUGUCAUUAUUUACGUAAGAUAUAAAUCACGAAUGAGUCAGGUGUGACAUUAUUUCACACUUUUUUACGUAAGAUUAUGACGUAAAACUAAUGACGUAUACAUGACGUUAAUGUGGUGUCUGUGUGACAUUCCAUGACGUCAGUAUGACAUAUGGGUGAUGUCAAAAUCAUCAAUCCGGAAAAAAUAUUUUUGGAAAAAAAAAAAAAAAAAUUAAAUACCGAAUUUUCGAUUUGAUUAUCACCGCGCGAACGCAUUAAAAAUUCAGAAACAAAAAUUGUUAGCAGCAAAUGAUGAAAAAAUCUUGGGCAUCUGCUGGGUCCGAACACGGCUCCUCUUGGCUGGUAGUCCUGAACGUUGAUCACUGGUCCACAUCACGAGAGUUCAAGUCUUGUGCUUAAUUGAUGUAUUUAGAGAGAAAUGCCAGUAAAAAUAGAGUUCAUAAGUUUUCGUGAUGGAUUUUUACAAAAUUAAAAAAAACUCCAUAAACUUAUGUGAAAUUUUAUAAAAACAAUAUUUGUCGGCCUCGAUGAUAAUCAUAAAAAAUUAUAUAAAAUUUUAUUAAGUUUCUUCAAAUUUUUCGAUUUUCUGUUCUGAUGUGAAAUUUAAAAAAUCUUAUUUAAUAUUUUGCGAAACAUUAAAUAAUUUCACAAAAUUGUAUGAAAUUCAAUCGUUAAAAAAAUUGCAAUACUACACUUUACAAUCUUAAUAUCAAAAGAGUUCAAAGUCUCGUUACAUUUUCUUUUUCAUCCUCAAUGAUAUUUUUUUCGGUAUAUGAUCUAAAAAAAUGAAGUUAAUUUUUUAAUGCUCACGCUAAUUUUUUAAUCUAAAACGACUGAAAUCUAUUAUCGAGUUUAUCGAUUACUUUGGCCCCAAAAAUGUUAGACAUUUAGUUGUUUUUACACAUUUACACAUUUUUGAAAAUUCAUUCUAUGAUUGUUUUAUUUUAAUAAAUAGAUGAUAAAAACACUACGACUCAGAAAUCACAUCAGUAUUGCGUAAAAUACUGACUUUUCACUGAUGUAAAAAUAUGAUUUACGAGUGACAUCCAUAUUACGUAUAACCGUGACUUUGCUACUGACAUAAAUGUAUGAUUUUAAAACUACGUUAUUAUGAUGUACAGUAAUGACUUUAUAACUACAUAACAAUGUGAUGUAGAUUUUAUGUCAAGCGUACGUAAUACAUAAGUCAUAACUGUGACGUCAUACAAGAGUCAUGCUUACAUUAAUAUGAUGUCAAGCGUAUGUAACACAUAAAUCAUAACUGUGACGUCAUAUAAGAGUCAUGCUUACAUCAAUAUGAUGUCAAGCUUUUACAUCAUAUUAAAGUCAUGUAGAACGUCAGAUUGACAUCUAAUUUACGCAAGAUGCCGUGACAUUUCUAUGACCUACGUAUGACGUCAAACCAAGGUCAUGUGUUCACUGGGUAGGUGUCAACAUAUUUUCACUCAAAUAAGAAUAUAACCAGACAAAAUGACCUAUUGAAUGCAAAUAAAGGCACGACCAGUUUUUGAUAAGAAUGUCAACAUUACGUCAUUUUGAGGUUAUCGGCAGAAAUAGUGGAUUUUUUUGAAAACGAAAAACAGUGUUACCAGUUUCGAAUUACAGUGCAAUCUCAUGGUUUCUGAAUGAACUGAAAGUUGAGAGGGAAAGUAUAAAUUAUAUGAAAACUAGUUGAACUCUGUAAACAAUAGUAUUUGAUACAGAUUCGAUUAUUAUAGUUAGAAAUAAAGAUUAUAAUAAUUAAUAUAGGUCAUUUGUAACCGGGUAAAUAUAAAUAAAUUCAAUUAUUUUUGCAUUUAAAUUACUUUUGAAUUCCCCGCGGUAGGUUAGUUAUCCAAAAUCGCUUAACCCCGUGAUCUAGUUUAUCGACUGGUCCCCAGGAGCGCCAAUUUUUGGGGGCUCGUUCUCCCGCCAUAAUUAGAGUUAACGAGAGUGGAAAAAUUUACAAAAAAUUGCCGAGGGGUCACGAACCGACAUUUUUUUAGUGAGUGCACGAGGUGAACGGGACACAAUUAGGCGGACCGGCGGAAGAAGAUGACGGGCGACCACCAGAAAGCUGCAGGUUAUUAUAAUGCUUUGGAGAGGCUAACUGUGGAACCUUGUAACAGGGAACUUUUAAUUCGCUCGAUGGAUUUAUUCCAAAAUCUUGUAACAGGGAAUUUUUGAAUUUUCCGCGCUCAAUUGCCGUGAUUUUCUAUCAUGUGCGCGGUCGAUAUAAUCUAUUACUGCCCCAGGGUUAUCCGGGGUAGAGUGCGACUGUCGUCCCGCGCGGAAAUCGUAGGGGCUUGUCUGUCAGUCCCACUUAGUGAUAGGGGUGGCUAAGUUUCCGGAAGUUGCCGAAUUCGGUCGAGUGGGUGUACAAUUAUAAGUGAAGAGAAAAUCCAGGCCGAGACACACAACCGGAUAAGACGCCGAACAACCAAGACGCUCUUCAUCAUUCAGGUAAUUAAUUAAUUUUAGACUUGGAUUCUUUUGUGGAACCAAGCGAUAAUUUUAUUAACUAUUAUUGAUACCAGGCCGUUAGCCGGUACCCUUGAUAACAAAAUAUUAAUUAUUUGGAAAAACAGGUGAAAGAGCCAGCAACAGAAAAAGGAAAGAAAUAGAAGGAAAAUAAGACGAGACAAAAACAGGAGGACGCGACGAACGAGACAACAACGAAAGAACCUGAGGAGACGGUGAAACCAAGAGAAAACACACCGAGAAUAAAGAAAUCAGAUCUACGGAUAAAUUAAAAUAAUUGGAGAGAAAAGGAGUUGGAGAUUGGCGAGAGAACGAGAGAGAGAGAGCUGAGAGGAGUACAAGGAACGAGGAGGAGAGACGGAGAGCAGUGGAAGAAAGAACGAGAGAUUGACACCAGAUCGGAAGAAGGAAGUAACUGUGGAUAUGAAGCUGCUCAAAAUUACAGAAUUGAUCCGUGAUAUUCCAAAUGGAGGGCCAUUAGGAAUUUUUAGGAAUCGAGCAAGUUUUGAUUGGAAACAAUUGAAAUUAAAUAUUUAUGGUGUUGAUUAUCUUGAGUAUCAUGAAAAAGUUUACAGGUUUAUUGAAAAUUCACCCGAUUUCCGAAGACCUACGAAAUCUCUCACAUUGGAUGAAUAUCGACAAAGAUGUUUCAAUCAGAUUAAAAUUCUCUUCAAAAACGAUUUUAUUGUAUCGAAUGGCUUGUGUUUAAAUGCUUACAUUGAUUAUGACUCUUCGUUGCCAGUGACUAUAGGUAUUUUAUAUGCCAUGGUUCCAGGAGUAAUUUUUUCUCUUGGUACUGAACGUCACAUAGAUUACGUCAGCAAGUUCUAUAGUGGUCAAUAUAGAGGAUGCUUUGCCCUUACUGAAGUUUCUCAUGGGACAAAUGCAAAAGGUAUGAGAACGACUGCGACUUAUGACGUUAGUUCACGAUGUUUUAUUUUAAAUACACCAGACUUCGAAGCUGCUAAAUUUUGGAUCGGAGGGCUAGGUAAACAAGCAACACAUGCAGUAGUUUUCGCUCAAUUAAUAACACCAGAUAAUAUUCGACACGGUCUCAAUAUUUUUGUCGUUCCCAUUAGAGACCCAAAUACCAUGGUACCGAUGCCAGGGUUAACGAUAGGUGAUUUAGGUGAAAAAGUUGGACUUAAUGGUGUAGAUAAUGGUUUUAUAAUGUUUCACAACUUUAAAGUACCGAGAAAAAAUUUGUUGAAUAAAAUGUGUGAUGUUACACCAGAUGGAAAAUUUGUAUCAACGAUUAAAGAUCAAAGGAAACGAUUUGGUGCGUCACUCGGAACUCUUUCUCUUGGCCGAGCUAACAUAACCAAUAUUUGUUGUAAAUACAGUUCAUUAGCAAUGGUUAUUGCAGUUCGUUACUGUGCUGUUCGUAAACAAUUCGGACCACCAGAAACUGAAGAAUGGCCAGUUCUAGAAUAUCAGGCAUUAUACGGAAGAUUAAUGCCGUGGUUAGCAGCUACAUAUGCCAUACUUAUUUUUUCAACAACUUUUUUAAAACAAGUUCAAAUAUUUCAAGCUCAUUUAUUAAAUCCCGAAACAAAAGAGAAAGCAGCUGCUGAAGGUUUGGAAAUUCAUGCUCUUUCUUCAGCUACAAAACCUCUUUGUUCUUGGACUGUUAGAGACAUUAUUCAGGAUUGCCGAGAAGUUUGUGGUGGGAUGGGAUAUCUUAAAAUCGCUCGCUUAGGAGAUUUGAGGGCAGAUCAUGAUGCUAACUGUACAUAUGAAGGUGAGAAUAAUGUUUUAGUUCAACAAGCAAGCAAUUGGCUUCUGACUUUCUCUUCUAACUUUACCACUGGUACAUCUAUACCUUCGCCUUUGAAAUCAAUUGACUUCUUAGCUCGAGGUAAAAAAAUUCUUCAAGAUAAAUUCACUUGUACGACUUUAGAAGAAACUUUGGAACCUAGAAAUUUACUUAAGGUUUUUCAAUGGCUGGUUUGUUACUACUUUGAAAAAACAUGCCAACGCAUUGAAGCUUUGAAGAAUAUAGGAAAAAAUCCAUUUAUAGUUCGAAAUGAGUCUCAAACAUUCUAUGCUAAAUCAUUAUCACUCAUUUAUGGAGAGCAUGCAAUUUUGAAAUGCUUCAUCGAAAAAAUCAAUGAUCCAAGUUGGAGCGCUGAAGAAAAAAUUGUUUUGAAAAAAUUGUGUUCUUUGUAUGGAUCUUUGUGCCUUGAACGUAGACUUGGUGAUCUAUAUGCUGGGGGGUUUGCUGAUACUUCAUCGAAAAUAGACAACUUUUUACGUGAUGGAAUUCUGCAAACUUCGAAAGAACUUGUUGAUGAGGCUGUUGCACUUGUAGACGUUCUUGCACCUCCAGACUUUAUAAUAAACUCUCCUUUAGGAAUGUCUGAUGGAAAAGUCUAUGAACAUCUAGAAAUGUCACUGCGUCAAAAUCAGGAAAACUUUGAGCGCCCAUCGUGGUGGAAAGAAAUGGUAUCGAAGUUAUAAUAAAUAAGGUGUACAAAUAAAUUAUGGAAAACUUUGUUAUUUCGAUUAUAACAGGGAACUAUUACCUUGGUCGGCCUUAAAAAGGGCACCACUGAAAGUAUUAGUGGACUUCCAGAACUGGUUCCUAAUUUGUCAGGGUCGUUGUAAAUUUAAUUGGUGAAAGAAGGAUGAGAAAAGAUAAUUUAUAAAUAAUUUCGAAUUUAUCAACAAUUAAAAUUUUUACUCUUUAUCUA